AUGAGCCAGCUGCUGCUGGGACCGCUUUGCCGGCUGGGGGGAUGGAUGUUGUUCCAACUCCCAAGGCGGCUGGUCCUGCUUGACCUUUUGACCGUCCCGUUGGACGAACUUAUGGCUUUGUGUAUGGCUUCGGUCGAGGCUUCUGACCAGUUGCUCUCGGAAACUCCGUUUGAGAUCGCAAAGGCCGAAGCUGAGAAAUGGCACCGUAGUGCUGGACAAGCCUUGGAUGCGAUGUAUGGUGUGCAGAGUGAUCUUGACAAGAUUCAACGGAUCCAUGCAGAGGAGCCGACUCGCAACCUCGCCGAGAUUCCGCUGCCGGAAGGGAAUGGCGCAUCAGCUGCGACAGCAGCACCUACGGGCUGGAGCGACGUUUUGGUCGCACAUUUAUUUUCGAAUUAUGUCAGCUCCAAGUACUUGGCUCCUUUGGAGUCUUUGCCUGCCAGCUCCCGAGCGACAGCUUUGCAGUCUGUCGACCAUCUCCAAGACAUGCUGAGAUGGACCCUGGGUCGGUUCGCCCGACUUCAGGACGUGUGCGGCGAAGUCGCGAACUUCAUGAGUCAGGUCGCGGAAUCGGACGAGCGUACCAAGACCAAGCUCGCCGAGGUGACCGACAAGGUCGUGGAUUUGUCGAACGGGCUGGUUGGUUUAGCCAGUUCGGUACGUCGCACGCAAGACGAACAACUCAAGACUGCUCGGCAGACUUCGAAGAGCUUGGGAGAUGUCAGUUGGCAACUCAGUGGAGUUGGCAAAGGAGUCAACACUUCGGUGAAGGAAUCCUUGCUAUCCAUCGGUAAGAUGAUCACCCAGCUCGAUUCCAAUGUUGGAAAGCAGCGCAAAGCACAAGAUGAGACCAACUCCCUUUUGAAAGGCCGCGUAAGCAGCUUCAUCGGCUACGGCCAGUACGGGUCCGGCGGGUGUACCACCUGGAUCGGCGCCGGCUAUGGCACUUGGAGGGGGACCUGCUGCUACGGCACCUCCUCCGGCCACUCUUGGAACGGGAGUGGCCCAGGCCCCUCAGACGCCUGUGGUAGCUCCGAAACUCAUGCCGACGAGUUUGACACCUCCGCAGACGGCCCCAGCCGGAUUUCCGCCAGUGCCGCAUUUUCCACCUCCGGGAUUUUCGACGACUGGAUACCCAGUACCAACAUCUCCUUGCAGCAGCGGGUGCGCGAGCGGGUCCGUUUUGCAGAGAAGAGCGGUGCUUUGAGUCGCUCCAAAUCCGUGGGACGUUUGGUCACAGAUGAGAACCAGGACGAAGCUGUGGAGUUUGAGAUCAAGAUCGAGGAGGAACCAGAAGCAAACCAUUCAAAAGGCAAGUAUACGAGCCGAGUUGACCAGAUGCGGUGGAAACCCAAGCACAAUGGUGAUUUCAUGAAUGGCAAGCCGAGUCAUAAAAGGAUCCGAAACAUUCCAAAUCGCUAUACACAACGAGAGCUGAUCGCAGAACUGGAAGAUUUGGGCUUUGCUGGGACGUUUGAUUUUCUCUACAGCCCUUUGGACAAGGGCACCAUGUCCAAUGUCGGGUAUGCCUUUGUGAACUUCAAGAGCCACGAGUAUGCCAGCAAGUGCAUCGAAGCCUUUCACAACUACCGCUUCAAGCGUCAUCGCAAGACCUCCGGCAAAGUGGCAGCCGUCUCAGCUGCUCACCUUCAGGGGUUGAAGGCCAAUCUUGCCCACUACGAGAAGACGGCCGUGAACACUGCCAAGAUGAAGCAGCGCAGGCCAGUCAUUCUGGCAGACAUCUCUUCAUUGACCGCGUGA